AUGAAGGCAAUCUGGCCCCCAUGGUUUUCAGCUGCAUACGCAAACAACUAUACUGUAGGCCUGACUCUAGAAAGCUUGGCGGCUUCCGUGGAACAGUCUGCGGAUUCUGACCUCGCGGCCUUGCUGUCGGCGGCACAUGAGAGCUACAACCUCGGCAGAUACAAAGAUGCCCAGGCUUUGUGCGAGUCCGUGUACCGGCAGGGGGCGUGUCGGACCGAUAACCUUCUUCUCCUUGGAGCCGUCCACUUUCAGCUCAGGAACUUUAGCGAGUGUGUUCUCUACAACCAGCAAUGUAUCCGGAUCGACCCAAACUUUGCCGAGGCGUAUUCCAACCUCGGGAACGCCCUCAAGGAGCUGGGAGACGUGGGCGGCGCCAUCCAGUUCUACCUCAAGGCGGUGAAGCUGAAGCCGCGUUUCUGCGACGCGUACAACAACCUGGCGUCGGCGUACAUGCAGCUAGGGCACACCAAGGAGGCCAUUGAGACGUACCAGAUGGCCUUGGUGCUCAACCGAGGACUCGUGGAUGCGCACAGCAACCUCGGCAACCUUUACAAGGCCCAGGGCAUGCUGGCGGAGGCGAAGCGGUGCUACCUGGAGGCCAUCCGGAUCCAGCCGUCCUUCGCCAUCGCCUGGAGCAACCUCGCGGGGAUCUUUAAGGAGGAGGGUAACCUUACCACGGCGGUUGCCUACUACCGCGAGGCAAUACGGCUGUGCCCGGAGUUCGCCGACGCCCACAGCAAUCUCGGGAACGUCCUCAAGGAGAGGGGACUUGUUCACGACGCGAUGCAGUGCUACCAGACGGCCAUCAAGCUCCGGCCCGACUUCGCCAUCGCGUACGGCAACCUGGCCAGCUGCUACUACGACUGCGGGUGUCAGGACCUGGCCAUCAAGACGUUCCGGUACGCGAUCCAGCUGGAGCCAAACUUCCCGGACGCGUACAACAACCUCGGCAACGCCCUCAGAGAGUCCGGACAGUUGGAGGAGGCGAUCAACUGCUACCGGACUACCUUGCGCCUCAAGCCGGACCACCCCCACGCCUACAACAACCUGGGGAACGCUAUGAAAGACAAGGGUCUGAUCAAGGAGGCGAUACACUGCUACGUGACGGCGGUGCAGCUGAUGCCCAAGUUCGCGGCCGUUCACAGCAACCUCGGCAGCGUGCUGAAGGAGCAGGGCAAGCUGGCACACGCGCUGGCGCACUACCACGAAGCCAUCGCGAUCGACCCCGGGUUCGCCGACGCCUACAGCAACAUGGGCAACGCCUACAAGGACAUGGGCCGGCUCCCUGAGGCCAUCAAGUGCUACAGCGCGGCCAUCAAUAUCAAGCCGACGUUCGCCGACGCCUUUAGCAACCUCGCUAGCGCUUACAAGGAGGGCAACGACGUCCUCCAGGCGAUCGCGUGCUACCGGAAGGCCCUGUCGCUGAGGCCCGACUUCCCGGACGCGUUCGCCAACCUCGUGCACUCGCUCGUUUUCGUGUGCGACUGGUCCAACCGAGACGACGACUUCGCCGCCCUCAAGAAGAUGCUGGCCACGCAGAUGGCGACGGAGAACAUGCUCCCGUCGGUGCAGCCCUUCCACGCCAUGGCCUACCCGCUCUCCCUGGCGGAAAUGCAGCAGAUCAGCUGCAAGUACGCGGAGCGCGUGAAGAUGAACGUUGCCCUCCUCGAGAUGCCCGCCUUCCGAUUCCACCGCAAAGCCAAGGAAGCUAGAAUCAGGGUUGGGUACGUUAGCAGCGACCUGGGCAACCACCCUUUGAGCCACCUGAUGCAGAGCGUCUUCGGCAUGCACGACAGGACGCGUUUCGAGGUGAAGUGCUACGCUCUCUCGGCGAACGACGACAGCGUAUGGCGGCGAAAGAUCGAGGGCGAGUCGGAGCACUUCUGCGACGUGUCCGGGCUGCAGAAUGGCGAUGUUGCCAGGCUGAUACACGCGGACGGGAUCGACAUUCUCAUCAACCUCAACGGGUACACGAAGGGCGCUAGAAACGAGAUAUUUGCCCUUCAGCCGGCACCGGUACAGGUGUCCUACCUGGGGUUCUGCGGCACGCUCGGUGCGGACUACAUGCAGUACAUGAUCGCCGACGAGACCAUCGUGCCGCGGGAGAGCCGUCGGUUCUACACCGAGAACAUCCUGUACAUGCCUCACUCCUACUUCGUCAACGACCACAAGCAGUCGGCUAGGUACGUCCUGGAUCGGACGCUCCUCCCUACCCGAGCCACGUACGGCGUGCCGGAGGACCGUUUCGUGCUGUGCAACUUCAACCAGCUCUACAAGAUGGACCCGGCUAUCUUCUCCACCUGGAUGUCGGUGCUCAAGAGGGUGCCAAACGCGGUGCUGUGGCUGCUGAGGUUUCCUCCGGCGGGGGAGGCGAACAUCAGGAUGGAGGCCAGGAAGAGGGGCGUCAGAGAGGAGCAGCUGCACUUCACAGACGUGGCUACGAAGGAGGAGCACAUCAAGCGGGGUUACCUGGCCGACCUCUUUCUCGACACCCCGAGCUGCAACGCGCACACCACGGGCUGCGACAUCCUGUGGAGCGGGACGCCAAUGCUGACCAUGGCCGGGUCGAAGAUGGCGACGAGGGUAGCGCCGUCCCUGCUCAAGGCGGCGGGCGCGGAGGGCACGGGUCUGAUCGUGGAGAGCCUAGAGGAGUACGAGGAGAGGGCCGUGUCGCUGGCCACGGACCCUGAGAAGCUUUUCGAGAUCCGCAGCCGUCUGGAGGAGUCGAGACAUUCGUGCCCGCUGUUUGACACGCAGCGGUGGGUCCGAAACAUGGAGGCUGGUCUGGCGAUGGCACACGAGCGAUUCCAGGCAGGACUUGACCCCGAAGACCUCAAGGUGGACGACACCGUCGGCGCCACGCCGGUGCCCCCCCAGCCCCCGGCGGCGGAGCCCCCUUCCUCCGCCGGCGGCGAUGUGGACGCCAACCACAACGGUGGAGUGCCGUCCCCCUCCUCUUCCCCGUCCCUAGAAGUCCCCUCUGCAACGCCAGCAGCAGCUGCUCCUGCUGCUACCGCCGACAGCGCGGCGGCGGCGGCGGCGGCGGCAGCAGUGUCCGCCGAAGGAUCGCCCACGAGCAGCAGCCCUGCGGUUGGGGCGGCGCGGGAGGAGAGUUUGACCGCCCCUGGGACGGUACAGGGCGAAGCGGUAAAGGAGGAGGAGCAGCAGGAGGAAGAGGAGGGGGUGAGGAACAGACGAAAGAGAAGGGCAAGCGACGAAGCGACUGCCAGCGACGAAGGCUAAAGGGACAGGCCAGGCCAGACCUGAUGCACUCUAUUUGGCCUUGACCAAACUCAUGGCGACGCCGCAGGAACGCACGAUAUGAUUGUGCGAGGAAGGGUACAGUGCUACUCGAUUGAUAUCUGUGUGGUUGGCGCGGAGCAAUGCGUUCGUUUCUACAGGCCCACAUAUGGCGUGGGAUGGAAUGAAACAGGGCGGGAGUUUUUCAUUGAACGCAGCGAGUGGAGGGCAAAGACGACCUGCCUGGUUAGAGUAGACUUGCCAGGGGGUCUUGCGUCUUGUGCGCGCACGUUCGCGCGUUUUGUGUGUGUGUGUGUUUCUGUGCAUCGCCGCCUGCGGCACGUGAAGUAGGGGUUGGGGGCUGGCUGGAAGGCUGGCUGGAGCGGGCGACACGUGUAACGGUUUCGUUCCGUUCCGUGAAAGUUACGGGAUACGAGACGGGCCGUUUUGAUGAAGUUGCCCGUGCACCGUCUGCUGUCAACUUGCGGUAGACAUCGUUGUUGUUAACAACCUCCGGGUGAACAUUGCACGUUGCUCCGGGAUGUUGUUUUUUGGUUUUUUCGCCGGCCACGUAUGUCGCAUUGCAAGAAUAGCGAGGUUGGGGGGGGGGGGAUGAAAGUCAGUGCUGUUGGUUUGUUCUUGUUUGUUGUCUUGUAGUUAUUUGUCGGGGAUUGGGACCGGCUGUAGCGGCAUUCGCCUUGAGCGGUGUGUGAGAGCCGCCCCUUUGGCGUAGCGUUGUCAGUAAUCUAUGUAUUUGAUGUUCUUGGGAAGUCAUGGGAAAUAUGCGAUAGAAGUUAUUGGUAAGUUGUGUUGUAAAGGUUUUAUGUCCCCGUGGC